AUGGGCGGCGUGGUUUUACUGUGGGUGUUGAGGAGCGGGGAGGGUGAGGAGGACGAAGGUGGGGGAAGGAGCAGCGAUUCAGGUGAUGGGUUAGGGCCAUCGGUCGAGGGGGAGGGGAGGACGGCCACUGCUCGCCACCUCCCUGCCUCGUUUGCUGCAUCGUCGCCCUCCUAUCCACUGCUCUUUGUCCUCCGCGACACAGCUCCGGCCACAGUAGCUUGUUGCCUCCCGCUUCCUUCCUUGCAUGCUAACCACUGCCUCACCAGAUUGGUGUUGAACAUAAUAAGUGGAGAUCCUUGUUUUCAAAUAGCAGGGAUAGAGGGACAGAAAAGAUAUAUUUGUCGCGGCGCUGCAAGUGUUGCCCCCCUCCUCCCCAAGGGCAAGGUGAAGAAAGGUGCCUAUGUGGUUUUUCUGCAGCUCGCGGCGAGGAUUGCUGUGUUCAACCUGCACAAGAAUGCCAAGAAGUCCUUCUCGGAGACGAUUAAGGACAUGUACCUGCACUACAACGAGAGAUCUGGGCUGCUUCUUUGUGGCUUCCAAACUUGAAAUGUUUGUUUGGAAGUUAGUUUAGUUUUUUGUUGUGGAUUCACAGCUUCUCACAUGUACCAUCCUCUUAGACCUUUAGAUUUUCAAAGAAACUAAAUGAAGAUAUGGUGGUAUGGUCUCAAUAGUACAACUUAAAGCCUUCCAUGCUUUA